CGGACACAAAGGUACAAAAUGGAUCUCAAACUUCUUGGUAUUUUCCUUCUCUUGGCCGUUGCAGCCUACGCUGCCCCUUCCACGGAAGUUGAAGAGACUGAGGCUGAAGCUCUUGAUGAGCUGAUGGAAGACGACAGUGAAGAUCUUGCUGCAGACUUCGGCCUCGACGAAGAAGAUCCACGUCGACGAAAAAGCAAGAAAAUGCCAUACUUCUCAAAAGGGAAGUAUUGUGUCUGCAGCAAGAAACGACAGAGGGGAGAUGAAGCAGAGGUAUCCGAGGAGGAUGUUGAGGACCAUAUCGACGAUGUUGCCGAUAAUGUCGAAAAUGCACUUGCUGAUCCUAGACGACGCUGCAGACCAAGCAAAAAGACCUUGCAAAAGGCAUUGAGGAGACUAGUAGGACCAUUCUUUAGACCUGAAACUCUUGGUUGCUAUUGCACGCGAAACAAGGCUGUUGUCAGGUUGUUGAACUACUUGCAUCUUGCUCACUUCAUCCACAACAAGCAGAAGAAGACCUUUAUCAGACAUGUUAAACAUUUGGUUGCUCAAGUCAAAAAACAAAGAAGAAUCUGAGCAUGCUGGGCAUUCAUUUGGCGCUUCAAGCCUAACAUUUACGUUUUUAUUGGAAAACACGACCUUUAAAGGUUCAAUCAAUACUUAAAUUUUGUUUUUACUCCGAGAAGAUAAAAGCAUCGACAUUUUUUGUUAAAACAUUUUUAAGAUUUUUCUACUGAGAAAACCUUUGUGUAUGCACCAUGAUCUUCAAAUUGUACAGAGACCACUGGA